AUGGGUGCCGAGCUGUCGUCGACUUUCCAGCCAGACCUGUCCAAGGUCGUCCUCAGCCCACAGGAUCGAGUCGCCGACAUUCUCAUGGCCGUGCUCUGGGCCGGCUCGCUCUACGCCAUCCUCAUGAUCUGGACGACCUGUGCGCUCAUUGAUCGAUGGAGGGGCCCGAGCGACAAGAUACGGACGGGGCCCGGGUCUGUCUUUGCAGCCUUGGUGCUCUCCACUGCGUGGCCCGUCGUCAUGUUGUACAUUCUGGUCAACAGUUGA